AUGGCCGCGCUAAAAAGUGCAGAUAUGGUGGGCGCUGGGUUGGAUGAGCCCGGCAUCCAGGCCUGGCUCUCGCUGAAGAAGGGCAAGGAGUGCCUCGUGGCGGGAGUGAAGGGCGUGCCAACCCACUUCACCGUGAUCCAGGACGGCAACUGCCCGGCACAGCUGAGCAGCUCUGAGCUGGUGACGGUCACCGCAGUGCGUGAGGGUGAGAAGGCGGGAAGGAGGCCCCUGUUGCGGCGCCCGAAAGGCCAGACGCGGGCCGGAGGGAGGCGCGUUAUGCGCUUCGGCUUUCUGAAGGCAGCUUCUUUGACCUACAAUCGACUGAUGCAGCUGCUACACAGCGAGCUUUUGGUGGCCCUGGUGCUCUUCUGCCGAAGUCUCCAUGUGACGGACCUUCAGGUGGUGUACUUUGACUUGGCGGCGUUUCUUGGUGUGCUGCGGAUAUCUGCAGAUGAUUUGAUGCUGGCUUGCUCCGUGGCCCGCGCCAUGGCCGGUGGGGAUGCCGUUCCAUCCCGAGCAUUCUGGAGGGAUGAUGAGAUCAUCUGCUUGGUGAUGGACAGCACGAAGCUGAAGAAAGUCGACGGCUACAAGGAGGUCUUCGCGGCGCUUCAGAGCAUCGAGCGCGAAUCGGUAAUCAAGAAGACCGAGGCCUUCGACAAGUUCUUCGAGAAAUCGAGCGCCUACAACCAGGAGGGCAUCGAGCAGGCGCUGCGGGUAUCCUUCUUCGACCUGCAUGAGAAGGAGAAGGGCGUGAGCGGCGGCAAGCCCUACGCCCACCUGGUGGAGGAGGCACAGAUGCCGGAGGAGGAACAGCCGCAGAAGGAAGAUGAUGGCCAAAGCCCAUCGGUGGAGAUCAUCGAAGAGGCUUACGAGGCCGAGGAGAUGGAGAGCAACUGGGAAUCCGACAUGGGUGCCUCUCAGGACGACGAGAUCUACGACGCCUUCGGAGCGCAGAAGGCCCGCGGCUUCUUCAAGGGUGAGUUCUCUAUGGAGGAGCGGAAGGCCGCGGUGCAGAAGGAGACGGAGAGGAGUCCUCCAAAGAAGGGAUCUGGUCCGAAGGGCGGCAAGUCCAAGCGGAAGCCAAAGAUGCGUUUCUUCACCCUGCAUGAGGAGUCGCAGGGCGAGGACGCCUACUGUAACAUGGCCUACGAGGUCUCGGACAUGGAAAAGAAGCUGGAGCCCAAUACAGUACCAGGAGAUGACUCCCAGCCAUGGGACUUGAUCGAGCAAGUCAUCGAGCACGGCUAUAUGGCGAGUUCCAGCGGCGAUGGCACAGCUCAAGGCUGUCUCCAACCGCGCGGAGCUCAGGAAAUUAUCAUCCCGAACGUCAAGGGCACGGUCUACGACAUCGAGGUAUCUUCGCUGGUCGAAGCUCGGCCCAAGGAGCUUCAGAUGAUGAAGGGCCGGGAGCUGUGGACGAUUUGCGACCAGCGGGGGAUCCAGACCUCUGGCAAGAUGGCAGACCUACUGGAGCGUUUGGAGAGCUUCUACCGCGGGGAGGCUGUGUUGAAGAAGGGCUGCGCCAAGCAGUUCUUGAGGUUGCGGCUCGGCUCAGACAUCCCGAGAGGAACUACGGUGGCAACGGCUAUGGCAAAGGCGGCGGAGAUCAGGGAGCAGCGCGCGAAGUGCACGGCGGCUAGCCUCGAGAUUGGCAAGGGCUACAAUGCUGUUCGUUGUGCUGAUUGCGGGGUACACAUGGUGGCAAGGCGGAACUGUUCCGACGCGGGACUCUUCUUCGGUUGCUCGCGUUUUGGAGAUAGUGGGUGUCGUUUCACACGCCCGCUGCAAGACGGCCUCGACACCAUCAACGGCAAGCUGGAUGGAUCCCUCCAUUUCCCACGUAAGGGAGGCGGCGGGCGGAACUGGAACGGCCCCCGGGCGGUGUAUCCGUCCUCAGAGGACCUGACAAGAAUUUAUUUGCGUUUGCGUCUUCUUCGGCAUCAGACAAAGGCACGGCGUCACCAACGUCACCGGGCGGACAUCAUCAGCUUCAACUGGGUGACGGUCUGGAGCCGGGUGGCCUUGGUGGACACAGCAUGCACGGCCUGCACGCACAGUGGGCGACGGGCCUUUGAACGGACCCUGCCGCCUGAACACACCUGUCAGCUGACGGAGCGCAGCAAGGACUUUGCGGAUGGGUCCUCGACAGGGACUCGCGUUCCCGUUUGGCGGCUGCCGAUUUUCCUUGGAGGCAGACCAGGCAAGGUGCAUAGCGCAGAGGUAGAGACGGGAACUACACCCUUGCUGCUUUCAUCAGGGGCAUUGGAAGCCCUGGAUGCCGUGAUUCACUUGAAGGAGCGCAAGAUGGAGCUCAAGAAGUUGGGCGUACUGCACAUUACGCGGACUAGGCAUUUUGCUGUGGAGGUGGCCGAUGACUCCGAGUCCGUUUGGGCAUGCUCCGCCCUGUGGAGCGGUACAGCGCCCCGUCUGAUCGAAGGGUCCGACCGCCGCCGCGUCCCCGUUUUUGGGGAAUAG